CUGUUUCCGGCCGGACAGCCGAAAGCCACCGAUCCUGAACCAGCCGCCGGAGCCGGAGUGGCGACCGGGUGCGGAGCGGGCAAAAAGCCUCUGGGGGAGGCCAGUCCCGAUCAGUCCCUUCUGGCUCCAGCUCCAGAUCCCGUGCGGAGCAACAGCUGCGGUCGCAGUCUCCACCACCGCCUCCACCACCAUCGCCGUCGGGGGAGGGGCCGGCCGGACCCCGGGGUCACUGCCGAGGAAUGAGGAGAGGCGGCCGGGCCCCGCGCUCCGCCCCGGCCUAGGGCCUUGCCCCGGGAGCCGCGAGGGUAACGGAGCCCCCCGCCCUGACACCGUCCCCCGUCUGCCCCCGCCCCUCCCGGCUUCUCAGACUCGCAAACUCUACUCCUCAGAUCGCCACUGUCCCCUUUCUCCUUUCCGAAUCUAUUUCACCCGAAGCCAUCUCCCCUCGGCACUCCUUUCUCGCCCUGACUGCUCCUUGCUUCGUCCCAACCUUUCCUCUUCCCUUUCACCUGCGUCCUGCGUUCAUACCCCGCGCUCUCCAGCUCCCGGCCUCCCUUCCUGAGCUGUGCUGGCCAGUUUGGACGGUCCCCCUUGUCAGCUAGACUUUCGAGAGGGAUGGUGGAGUUUUAAGGUGAUUAAGAUGCAGUCUAUUAUCCCCACAGUAGGAUAAAGUUCAUUUAAAAUCUCAAUAUAAAACUAAAAUGAAAAGCAAACAAGCUUAUUCUUCGUAUUGAUAGCCAAACUAAGGUGCAUACAGUAAUGGAGGAAAGGCGAGAAAAAGGUGUGUGUGUAUGUGUGUGUGUGUGUGUGUGUGUGUGAGAGAGAGAGAGACGGAGGUUGACGGAUUCUAGGGCAGUCUUAAGAACUUUAGAAAAAAGAAAAGUUGCCAUGAGCCGAUGGAAACUUUAGAAGCUGAUGAUGAGUAAGCCGGGGGCUGCGUGAUCUCACUCUUGUCAUAAUUACUAGGUUAACGGUGUGGCUCCGGCCGGGAUGGAAUGGGAUUUGUUUACUGGGCCGGCGUAUUUUUAGCUUGUCGGCUCACAAGGACCAGCGCUCAGAGUCUCUUUCUCCCCCCUCGUGGUAGUCUUUCUGUCUAAUCUAGGUGGCUUCUCUGGGCACAAUAAAGAUGUAAAAAUUUGAAAGUAGAAACUGACUGGUGGAAUUUUAUGGAAGAAGUUCCCCACAAACUUUUCAGGCAGCUUUUCAUGAAUGCAAAGCCUAGAAUUAGCAGGACGUUGACUUUUAUUUUCUUUAUCUUUUUAUACGUACUACGUAACGCUUUACUUAGAAAUUCACAGACUGCUAAUUUUUCAGUCUUUGGCCUCUAGUACUGUAUAUUUACGAGAUUUUUGAGGAGGUUGGAUCCUUUGUCUUUCAGAAUCUAUUUCAAAGGUGGAAAAGGACAGAGUAGAGAAAGAGGUGGCGGUAAGACUGGCUCCAAAGAGUUGCUAACCCCUAAAUAUUUAAAAAACAGUUUCUAUGCUAUGUAACUUCUGAAAACAUUUAGAAAAUUUUCUUCCUACUAAAUGAGAUUGCAUUCCUGAUGGGGAGAAGACUUCAGGGACACAAGCUGGGUGGCUAGGGAGAAUCAGAGGUAGUUAAACAUUUACUGUGUAUAACUUACAGAUACAUUAUGCGCAAACAAUGAAGAAUUAAUUAUACUCUUUGUCUUCAUUGUUUUUCAAGUAGUUCUUUUAACGUUUAGUAACCAACCUGCUCUGCUAGUCUAUUGAUAUUUUGAAGGCUGAACAAAACUGUAAAAUAAAUGAACUUGAUGUUGCUCCUCUGCAGGCUGAAUACCCUACCGUUCUAAUUUCCACUAUUGACCCAGCUUGCCUCAGAGCACCUCCCUGACAAAGUGGCCAGUUACUAUGUACUUAGAGAUUGCAAAUGAAUGCAAAUAUUAGCUCAUACUAGCAAUAAUUAAGAAGGUAAAUAUGCUGAAAACAUAUAUUCCAAAACCAAAAUAGAUUUUUUCGAUUUUACCCCCAUUUUUGAUUAUCACCACCUUUCUGCCAAUAAUUAUCUGUUAAAUGAAUAAUUUAGAAUUGAACAGAUAUCUGCUUUGGACAUUACACUUUCAAGAUAGAAGGAAAGGUGGAAGGAAGAUAGUUGCCAAACUAAUUUUUUAUUGUCAUUGCCUUAUUUGACUUAUUCCUUGCUUUUAAUACCGAAGACUGCCUCAGAGAAAAAUGUAAAACUUUGCCAAAGCAAGAGCUGGCUAUCUACUGACUUGUAUAAGGCCUGGUGACCGGUAAUGAAUGCUAAUCAUUAGGUGGCCUUUAGUGGCCUUAUGUUGCCAACAACUUGGAAAAUUUCCCAAAGCUUUAUUUGUUUAAUCUUUCUUUUGAGACCGCUAUUUAAAAAAAGAUUUAAUUUGGAGACGAAAAUCUAAUUUUUAAAAACCACAUACACCUUUCCCAGAAUCUGUUGAUGAUCAAUAAUUGUUUUGAUCUGUGUGAGUUGAUUGGUGCCAAUAUUAGUGAUGAUAUCUGGGUAAAUUCUAUUUAUAUUUGCAUCUAGCAGCUCCCUAAGUUGAACUGCAUACUUUAUUCCAGGGCAUGGGGAUCAAAGGGGUUGAAGAAGCCUAGGAAUGAGUGGAGAGCUGCCUGGUAGUCCACCACUAUUCGUAGUUCUCAGGAGGCUUUAUUUGCAAUUUUGAGAUUCAAUGUAUGUAACCAAAAUAAGUAUUCUGAUUGUUAUGAGGGCACUAAGUGCCACUUGUCAAAGUUUUGGAGCUCCUGAGUAUCUUAAGCAUGCUAAAAUACACUGGCCAUUAUAGUGUAUGUGUAUGUGUGUAUGAGUAGCACUCUCCUUACCCUAAACACUCAUCCCACCAAAGGGAAAAUCCUUAAACAGCGCUUUGAAAUGUGAUCUCAGCAGUAUCUUUCGUGUGGGAACUUAGGAGCUGUGGAAUAGCAGACUGUGGAAUCUUUUUUGUAGCCUCUGAUAAAUUCAGGUAAUUAAGAGUUUGUGUAACUGGAAGAUAGAUACAGGGCAGUUUUUCUCAUGAAUGCCUGAAUUCAGUUGACUUUUUAAUAUAAUAGAAGGGAGUUGUUUGUUUGUUUUUAAAUAAGACAUCCUUGCUGAGUAAUGAUUGAACACUUCUCUGGAUAAAGCAGUCUCCAUGCUCCAGUGACAGGCUUUAGGGAGGUAUAAAAGAUGUAAAGACAUGUGUCUUUGCUCUUGGGGUUGAGGGUGGAUGGGAAAGGUGGUAUAUAAAUAUGGGAAGGCAGACUAUUAUAAGCUUUAACAUUUAGGAAACAACAUAUAGACAAAAGCAAAUUUAACGUGCUGAUAAGUAUGUAAGGGCUGAGAAGACUUGAAGUAACAAAGUAAGAAUCAGUGAAAUAAAUUGGGGAGAUUUCUGAGUCAGUAAAUUUUGAAAUGGACUUGGGGGGCUAUGGAUGAGUCAUAAAGAGGUAUGGGCUAUUGAGUUAGAUGGGUCUUUGUUCAGACCUUGGGUCUACUUUUUACCGUGUGACCUUGGACAAGUUAACUUCUUUUCCUUAUCUGUAAAAUGUGAGCAUUCAAGUAAAUGAAAUAGUUAUUGUGUUGGGAAUAAAAGAAAAGAAAGGAUCUUCCAAACAGAAAGUAUAGAAUGUACAGUGUGCAAUGAUGGUAUGAAUGACUAAGUUGUGAGUGGGGGGAAUAUAUGAGAGUGACUGUAGAGAAUGUGGGUUGGGCCAGUCAUGGGUAGAGCAGGCAAGAGGGUGGAGGGGACUCAGAAGCCAGACUCUGUUGGGUGUUGAUAGAAGGCUCAAUAGAAUCAUUGUAGGUCCUUGAACAAAGGACAGAUUUAAUGAGAAAUAUUGAGCCCUUUGGUUCAGGAACUCAGGGACAAGGAGUCAGGCAGGCAUCCGUACAUUGUGACUCUUAUUUUCUGUACCACCCUGGCCUGAAGGGAUACAGCCAGGAGGCAUAAGAUUCCUUGUAGAAGGUUUUGGGUUUACACACCUUACUAUGCUGAGCCUGCUUGUGCCUGUCUCGUAGUGCACCAACCUGUGGGGAAGUCUCAAGACUAUGGCCGGAUUUUCCUCAAGAGCUUAUAGUAAGGACAGCAUUAUGUUUCAAGUGCAUUUAACUCUCAGUUGUCUCUGCUAAUGUAGGGAGCACUGUUGUAGGUAAUUCAGAACUUAAUAAAGACAUUUAUUGGUUAUUUUCAACUGUGUUUUUUUAGGAUUCUACCUUAUCCCUUUAUUUCCUCUAAGAAAUAGUUUUAGAUAAGAAAAAUUACUAAACUGUUAUUUGUAGUGACCCACUAUGAGUUUAAUUCUUUGCUAGGUGCUAUGGAGGAUUAGGAAAAUAACAACUUUGCACCUAGGCUGGAGUGCAGUGGCGCAAUCUCAGCUCACUGCAAGCUCCGCCUCCCAGGUUCAUGCCAUUCUCCUGCCUCAGCCUCCCAAGUAGCUGGGACUACAGGUGCCCGCCACCAUGCCCGGCUAAUUUUUUGUAUUUUUAGUAGAGAUGGGGUUUCACCGUGUUAGCCAGGAUGGUCUCGAUCUCCUGACCUCGUGAUCCGCCUGCCUCGGCCUCCCAAAGUGCUGGGAUUACAGGCGUGAGCCAGUGUGCCCGGCCGAAAAUACAUUAUUUUUUAAACCAGAUUGAUUUUCAUUUUUGGGGAUCAUACUAAUAUUGAAAUAAAUUUGCCUUUCUAAGCUUAUAUUAUCUGAUGGCGGGGAGAGUUCACUGAUGAUGAAGAACGGUCAAUCUUGCAUUAAAGAUUUGGCCUUAGAAAUCCAUAAAAUGAAUAAUCCAUUUGUGGAUAAUUAAGACUAGACUACACUGAAUAUGUUGAUAGACCAAUUUCUUUUCAAAAUCUGUAUGAAUCCAAUGUGGCCUCCUAGGCUGGCUGUCUUAUGUCUGAGAAUGACUGGCAGGUGAUGCCAGAAUGAGCCUUCAUUCACAGUAUCUGGACAAAUGCCACUACAGUAUGUUGUGUUGUUGAAGAUUAAGCCGGCUUUCUCAAAGGACUUGUGCUUUGUAGAGGCUCUUCCAGAUAUCAGCUUCAUUGAAAAUCUGUCAGACUUUUCCUCCUGUAGGAAAGUUGUUUGAAAGUAUGUCCAAUUAAAAAAAAAAAGGGAAUGGGCAGAAGUGUCCACAUUUAAGAAGUAAACAAAAUCACAUGCCAUUCUUUCAUCCUUUUUUUUUUUUCUCCAGUUGACUUGCUUUCCUCCAUCCCUGCCACCCUCCCCGACCUCUUUAUAAUCAUUACCAAACUGUGAUGUCAUGAGCACAGGAUUAUUGUUUACUUCUUGAGUCAGGAGAUUGUAGUAUUUCUGAGCUAGAAAUCAGGUGGAAAAGUCAGGAAUCUUAUUUUAUACAACUAGAUAGGGAUUAUUUUCAAUUGUGUUUUUUUUAGGAUUAUAUCUUAUCCCUUUAUUUCCUCUAAGAAAUAGGUGUAGAUAAGAAAAUUACUAAACUGUUAUUUGUAGUGACCCACUAUGAGUUUAAUUCUUUGCUAGGUGCUAUGGAGGAUUAGGAAAAAUGACAACUUUGUGUCCUUGAAGAGUUUACAGUCCAGUUGGGAGUAAGAAGAAUAAGAAGGAAUGAAUACUUGAUGAGCCUCUUAAUAUGCCAGGCAAAAUGUUAAAAUGUGAAACUAUAUUGUUAGUUACAUAGUGCAGACCUCAUACCAUAGGUAUUUGGGGAGAAGAGUACUCAAGUAGUUAUGUCACAGAGGAAUUAUAACUCAUUUCAGAUCUCAAUAAAAAAAUAGGCCAGGCACAGUGGCUCACGCCUGUAAUCCCGGCUACUCAGGAGGCUGAGGCAGGAGAAUCACUUGAACCCAGGAAAUGGAGGUUGCAAAGAGCCGAGAUGGCACCACUGUACUCCAGCCUCGGUGACAGAGCAAGACUCUGUCUCCAAAAUAAAUAAAUAAAUAAAUAAAUAAAAGUGUAUUAGGUACAAGGGAUGAAGAUGAAGAGGAUAACAAAACAUUUCAUAUUGGAGCUGAAAGGGAUCAAGCAAAAGCCUGGAAACAGGACUAUACCUGAGAUGUUCUUGGGGCGGUGAGGAGAGUAACCUGAGUGGCAGUGAGCAGUAGUGAAAUGAAGGUGGGUAGGUUGGUUUGGAGCUAUGUUUAUAGAGGGAGUUAAAAAGCUAGGCUUAUAAGUUUAUACAUAUAUAUAUAUUUAUUUAUUAUUUUUUUGAGACAGGGUCUUGCUCUGUUGUCCAGCUCAGGCUGGAGUGCAGUGACACAACUUGGCUGACUGCAACCUCCGCCUCCUGGGUUCAAGUGAUUCUCGUGCCUCAGCCUCCUGAGUAGCUGGGAUUACAGGCAUGUACCACCAUGCCCAGCUGAUUUUUGUAUUUUUAGUAGAGACAGGAUUUCACCGUGUUGGCCAGGCUGGUCUCAAACUCCUGACCUCAAGUAAUCCACCCACCUUAGCUUCCCAAAGUGCUGGGAUGACAGGCAUGAGCCACUGUGCCCGGUCAACUUUAUAUUUUAAAUGGUAGAAGAUUUUUGAAUAGAAUAGCAGUAUGAUGAUACUAAUACACAGGUUGGCUUGGAGGGAAUGGAGAUUGACACUGGGGGUGUGUGAAGUGAUGAGGCCCGAGUUAGAGUUGUGGAGGGUAGGCUAAGGAGAGGAAAGAGUGAAAGACUGUGAGGGAAAAAUGGAAAUUAAUGAGGGCUGGAUGUGGGAGAUGAAGAAGGGUGAUGAGUCAACUACGACUGUGACACAUUAUGCCUGGGUGUCUGAGACAUUGACUGAAAUAAAGAAGUUAGGAAGCUUUCCUCAUUUUGGGGAAAUACGAUGAGUAUAAUUUGGGAUGUGUUGGAUUUAAAGUGGCAAUGAAAUGUCCAAAUGAAGGCUGUCCUGGGUGUGAGCUGGGGUAAAGAUGGGGGUAGGUUUGGAAAUGCAGUUUUGCAAUUCAUGGCCUAGGUGUGGUAGCUGUAGCCAAGAGAAUUAAUGAGCUCUCUGAGGACUAGAGUUUAGGGAAAGAGCAGAAGGGCAAAGAAAAUGGUACUGAUAAACCUAAACACGUCUAAACUUAAACAUGUCUCCUAUCUUGUAAACACCGUCCUAGGCACUGAGAUGGAGGUAAGAGAGACAAGGAACCCACGAGGAGUGUAUGGGUCUAGUGGGAGGAGACAGAUAUGUAAAUAUAUAGAUGGAAUGAAGUGUGAUAGAUGCUGUGAUAGAAGUAUGUAGCAGGGAGAGUGGGAGCCCAAGGGUCAGUUCUGCCUUGGGCACGCCGAGGUUGGAAAGAGCCUCCCUGAGGAGUUAGCAUUUGAGCUGAGUCUUGAAAGAUGAAUUAAGGAUAUACUCUACAGAUGACAAGAAUUACAUUCCAGUCUGAGAAAAUACCAUGAACAAAAGCUUAAAGGAAUGAAGGCCAGACUUCUUCAGGUAACUUUUACUUAAUCAUUAUGGCUGGAGGGUGGGAUGGAGGGCAGGCUGAAGAGGUAGGCAACGCUGGAUCAUACAGAGCUUUAUCUUUUUUUUUUUUUUUUUUUGAGACGGAGUCUUGCUCUGUCACCCAGGCUGGAGUGCAGUGGCACAAUCUCGGCUCACUGCAAGCUCCGCCUCCUGGGUUCACGCCAUUCUCCUGCCUCAGCCUCCUGAGUAGCUGGAACUACAGGCGCCCGCCACCAUGCCUGGCUAAUUUUUUGUAUUUUUAGUAGAGGCGGGGUUUCACCAUGUUAGCCAGGAUGGUCUCGAUCACCUGACCUCAUGAUCCGCCCGCCUCAGCCUCCCAAAGUGCUGGGAUUACAGGCGUGAGCCACCGCGCCGGGCCUGGAGCUUUAUCUUAUACUGCAGUAUAUCAUGAGCCAUUUAAUAAGUUUCACAUCCUAGAAAGAUUAUGUCAGUGGUGUGUAGGGUGGAUUGGAGACGGAGAAAGCAAAAUUCCUUUCAAUAACUUCAUUAUACUGAACACAUUUAUUGAGAGUGAUCAUAUUUACAGAUUCAUGGAAUCAGACAACUGGAGGGACUGCUAUGCUUUCUUAGUUUUCCUCAUUCAUUUUCAAAUAGAAUACCUGAGGUUUACUCAGGAUCACAGAAGUGGUUCUGUGAUAGCUUAGUCCAGAAUUCAGUCUUCAGUAUGUACUAGGUGAUUAAUAGAGGUGAGUUCACCUCUCUUUUCUCUCCCAAGUCCCAUUUCAGUGUUUGUGUCAUUCUGCCACAUUGCAUUGUACUAGCAGAUAGAAGGACUUAACGUCAUUCCAUUCUACCGUCUUUUUUUUUUUUUAAUUAUAAUUUAGGUUUUAGGGUACAUGUGCACAAUGUACAGGUUUGUUACAUAUGUAUCCAUGUGCCAUGUUGAUUUCCUGUACCCAUUAACUUGUCAUUUAGCAUUAGGUGUAUCUCCUAAUGCUGUCCCUCCCCCCUCCCCUCACCCCACAACAGUCCCCGGAGUGUGAUGUUCCCCUUCCUGUGUCCAUGAGUUCUCAUUGUUCAAUUCCCACCUAUGAGUGAGAACGUGCGGUGUUUGGUUUUUUCUACCGUCUUUUUUUAACCAGUCCAAAGUGAAUAGAGGUAUUUUCCUAGGUCUGACUGAGAAAAAUGUUCCCUGAGAGUACCAUUGGGAAGAGGGGCAGUUUGGUGCCCUGGACUGGGCUGCAUAAGGUGUUAGGAUUUUUCAGCUGUAGUGAUUCAGAUGUAGAAGAAGUUCAAGGUAUUUGUUUCGUUGCGUGUCUUUAUCUCUGCCACUAAGCUCCCUUUAAGUUGUUUUCUUUUAAACUUAGUUUUAAUUUGUGCCACUGAAACUUGUUAAAUAAGCUAUGAUAAAUUGGGCACUGAUUAAAAGUAUAUUUAUCUAAAAAAAAGAAUAUUUAAACAAAAUUUAGAAAAGUUCAGGGAAAAAACCCAAACAGAAACAAUUUUGAUCCUACAACCCAAAUUUGAUGGACGUUAACAUUUUGUCAUAUUUGUUUUAGAUGUCUUACUCUCUUUAAAAUAUUAAAUGCUCAGAUUCUGCAUCUUCCCUGUAUUUUCAUUUUCAUUGGAUUUUUGUGGAGGGAAAUUGUUUGGUUUUAAAGUGCUAAGUGAGAGUUUGGAUUUUGUGUUUUAGUCACUUUUGCUGGAGGAGAACAGAACAGGGUAGAUAGAGGGCAUCCUCUAAGUCCUUAGAUUCCCCUGAGAGAAGUUGGGACUUAAGGACGUGUGGAAGGAUGGAUACCUUCCAUUGACAGGCCUUCCUCAAAACUUGUCUGAGUUGUGAUUUUUAAAUUCUUUUCUCUGGGCUCUGUCAGCAUCUUCCCCAGAGAAGGGCCUUGGUUUGGAAGCUGUCCACUUUAGCAGAGCUGCCAAGUCUUAAUUCUUUCUCAAGUGGGCAAGGGUACAUUUUGUUUUUGUUUGUGAGUAUUUGGGAGAGGCAAGGGGUGGGUAGAGAGGAGGCACAGAAUAGCUACUCACAGUGAGUACUUAUCUGAAUUCCUGUGUAACUGGAAGUUUUCUUGGCUGUUUUAGGGGAGAUAACUUGGUUACACUGGCAUUUAAAUUAUGUGGGAAGGUGGUUUUUCACUCCCCUCUGCUAUCUGAUUUGAGAUGGCAAUAAACCUUCUUGUCCAUUUUUGUCAGUCCCCACUCUACCCUGUUCUAAGCGCUGCUUGUGCGUGCUGUUUGAGGGAUAUGAAGGCUCCUCUUCAGUCUAAAACUGAACAAGUCAGAUAUCUCCUUAGUUUCGGGAAACCAUUCUGCUCCUGACUGUUUUUGUGUUGACUCCUCUAUUCUUCCAAUCACCUGGCCCUUUAUUAAUUUUACAAUUUUGCAUAAUGAGAUAUUUCAAAGAUUUAGAAAAGUUCAGGGGAAAAACCCAGACAAUUUUGAGUCUACAACCCCAACUUGAUGGACAUUAACAUUUUGUCAUAUUUGUUAGAUGUCUUACUCCCUUUAAAAUAUUAAUGUUAUAGAUAUAACUGAAGUUCCACCCUGCAUCCUUUCCUCCUUCCUCUUUCUCAAGAAAUGACUACUGGCCUGAAUUGAUGUGUUCAUUCCUUCAUGUUUUAUACUCCCUCUCCCCGCACAUAUUUAUUUAUUUAUUUAUUAUUUAUUUAUUUUUGAGAUGGAGUCUUGCUCUGUCACCCAGGCUGGAGUGCAGUGGCACGAUCUCUGCUUACUGCAACCUCUGCCUCCCGAGUUCAAGCGAUUCUCUUGCCUCAGCCUCCCGAGCAGCUGGGAUUAUAGGUGGAGGCCUGAAUUUUGAUCUAUGUUCUACCUACAUCCAGCUGGCUGAAAGUACUUGAUGAUCACAUGACCCUGGACAUGGAUGCUGUUCUGUCAGAUUUUGUCCGUUCCACAGGAGCAGAGCCAGGGCUAGCGCGAGAUCUCCUAGAAGGAAAGAAUUGGGAUGUGAGUGCUGCCCUCAGUGAUUUUGAACAGCUACGUCAAGUCCAUGCUGGGAACCUACCCCCAUCCUUUAGUGAGGGGAGUGGCGGCUCUAGGACCCCUGAAAAAGGGUUUUCUGACAGAGAGCCUACUCGCCCUCCCCGACCCAUCCUCCAACGGCAGGAUGACAUCGUUCAAGAAAAACGCCUGUCUAGGGGCAUCUCCCACGCCAGCUCCAGCAUUGUUUCCCUGGCCCGGUCCCAUGUCUCCUCCAAUGGUGGGGGUGGGGGGAGCAAUGAGCACCCCCUGGAAAUGCCCAUCUGUGCCUUCCAGCUUCCAGAUCUCACUGUGUAUAAUGAAGACUUCCGCAGCUUCAUAGAGAGAGACCUCAUUGAGCAGUCCAUGUUGGUUGCCUUGGAACAGGCAGGGCGUUUGAACUGGUGGGUGAGUGUGGAUCCCACCUCUCAGAGGCUGCUGCCUUUGGCAACUACUGGAGAUGGGAACUGCCUCCUGCAUGCAGCCUCCCUUGGAAUGUGGGGUUUCCAUGAUCGGGACUUGAUGCUGCGGAAAGCUUUGUAUGCACUGAUGGAGAAGGGAGUUGAGAAGGAAGCGUUGAAAAGGCGCUGGAGGUGGCAGCAGACACAGCAGAAUAAAGAGUCAGGGCUGGUAUACACAGAAGAUGAAUGGCAGAAGGAGUGGAAUGAACUGAUCAAGCUUGCCUCAAGUGAACCCCGAAUGCAUCUAGGUACCAAUGGAGCCAACUGUGGUGGGGUGGAGAGUUCUGAGGAGCCUGUAUAUGAGAGCCUUGAAGAGUUUCACGUCUUUGUCCUUGCUCAUGUGCUUAGGAGGCCCAUAGUUGUCGUGGCAGACACCAUGCUGAGGGACUCCGGAGGGGAAGCAUUUGCCCCUAUUCCCUUUGGAGGAAUCUAUCUGCCUUUGGAGGUCCCAGCCAGCCAGUGUCACCGCUCCCCUCUGGUGCUCGCCUAUGAUCAGGCCCACUUUUCUGCACUCGUGUCCAUGGAGCAGAAGGAGAAUACCAAGGAACAAGCUGUGAUCCCACUUACAGAUUCAGAGUAUAAGCUGCUGCCCUUGCACUUUGCUGUGGACCCUGGAAAAGGCUGGGAGUGGGGCAAAGAUGAUAGUGACAAUGUCCGAUUGGCCAGUGUAAUUCUGUCCCUAGAGGUCAAAUUGCAUCUGCUGCAUAGCUACAUGAAUGUGAAGUGGAUCCCACUGUCCUCUGAUGCACAGGCUCCUCUGGCCCAGCCUGAGUCCCCCACUGCCUCAGCUGGAGAUGAGCCCCGGUCCACUCCUGAGUCUGGCGACUCAGACAAGGAGUCAGUUGGCAGCAGUUCCACCAGCAACGAGGGUGGCCGGCGGAAGGAGAAGUCAAAGCGAGAUCGGGAGAAGGACAAGAAGAGAGCAGAUUCUGUGGCUAACAAACUGGGCAGCUUUGGCAAAACCUUGGGCAGCAAGCUCAAGAAGAACAUGGGGGGCCUGAUGCACAGCAAGGGUUCGAAGCCUGGAGGGGUGGGGACAGGGUCGGGGGGAAGCAGCGGCACUGAGACACUGGAGAAGAAGAAGAAAAACUCACUGAAGAGCUGGAAGGGUGGCAAGGAGGAGGCAGCUGGGGAUGGGCCUGUGUCUGAGAAGCCCCCAGCUGAGUCUGUUGGUAACGGAGGGAGCAAGUAUAGCCAGGAGGUGAUGCAGAGCCUGAGCAUUCUGAGGACUGCCAUGCAAGGGGAGGGGAAGUUUAUUUUUGUUGGAACCCUGAAGAUGGGUCACCGUCACCAGUAUCAGGAGGAGAUGAUCCAGCGCUACCUUUCUGAUGCUGAGGAGAGAUUCCUGGCAGAACAGAAGCAGAAGGAGGCAGAGAGGAAGAUCAUGAAUGGAGGAAUAGCGGGUGGCCCUCCUCCAGCCAAAAAGCCAGAGCCAGAUGCUAGGGAAGAGCAGCCGACUGGUCCCCCAGCAGAGUCCAGGGCAAUGGCAUUUUCCACUGGCUACCCUGGGGACUUUACUAUCCCUCGGCCUUCUGGGGGGGGAGUCCACUGCCAGGAACCCCGGAGGCAGUUGGCAGGGGGUCCAUGUGUCGGGGGCCUACCACCAUAUGCUACCUUCCCCAGACAGUGCCCUCCUGGGCGACCCUACCCCCACCAGGACAGCAUCCCUUCUCUGGAGCCAGGCAGCCACUCUAAGGAUGGAGUUCACAGGGGUGCCUUGUUACCACCCCCCUACCGAGUGGCUGAUUCCUAUAGCAAUGGCUACAGAGAGCCCCCUGAGCCAGAUGGAUGGGCUGGAGGUCUCCGGGGGCUUCCCCCAACUCAGACCAAAUGCAAACAACCGAACUGCAGCUUCUAUGGACACCCUGAGACAAACAACUUCUGUUCCUGUUGUUACAGGGAAGAACUGAGGAGGAGGGAGCGGGAACCGGAUGGGGAGCUCCUGGUGCACAGGUUCUGAACGGGUGGAACAUUGAAGGGCAAGGAGGCUAAACAAAGUUAAGCUCAACUAAUUGGCUCAUGAAGAACACAGUCCCCCUGUGUUGAGGGGGCAAAUGCAGUAAUGUUUGUGGGAGCCUGGCUGAAAACUUUUAAGUGUGUGCACACAGGAGUGCUGCCAGGCUGGCAAGAGCAGGUCGGGGCUGGAUGGCACCUCAGGGGCUGUACUAUUCCUCUGCAGAGCUUGACUCGAUGAGAUUUGAGGUACAAGGGGGAAAGAUGGCGAUUCUGUCUUAUAACCUCCUGGGUCCCAUCCAGGACCUAAGAGAAAGUAGCAGGGGAAGGUUUGGUGUGUGGGGGUGGGAGGUGGGCAGAAGUCUUGGGGAGGAACGGGCAAAGGAGGUUCUCAGUCAAUAAAAGAAAACCAAAGUUCUUUAGGUUGGGAAAAAGCACAUGGUGGUGGAGUGAGAAGUGUGGAGGGGAAGUGGGAAAUUGGACACAUUUGCUAUUGAUUUGAAUUAAGGUAGAAAUUAAGGUUGGAUCAAUUCUUCCUCUUGAAUGAUCUGGAAAGACAAGGCAGUAUUGUGUCCUCAUGGGUGCCUGUUAGGAGGUGGGGUAGUUUAAAUCCGUUUGUUUAGAUGGGAAAGGGAGGAACUUAAAAGGGAAAUCCUUUUCCUCUUAAGCUUUAUUUCCUUCCAAGCAGUCAUAUGUCAUCUGUUACAGUUUGAGAAGAGAUUGCUGAUUACCCCCUAUCUUUUCCUCAUCUAAGUCUUUAACUGUAUUUGUUGAAAGGGAAGAGCGUGGUGAGAACAGCCGUCAUGUGUGUUGCAUUUUCUCCAGGUCAAUUGGGGCAGAGCUGAUCUAUUUUUUAACCACAGCAAUAACCAUACGUUGGGGUUUGGGCACACCUUGGGAGGGGUGGGAGGACAGACAUUUUAGCCAGAGACUGUUUCAAACAAAACCAAAAACCUAAGUAGAGCACUACAGCCCUCUGUGGCUGCUGCGUUUCUGUAGAAAGCAACUUAUUUUAUUGACUUUUUUUUUUUUUUUUUAAGGAAAAGAAAUAAAAAGACCCCAGCAAGCAAAAACAUUUAAAAAAUGAUUUUUUUUCUCCUACCUAAGUGGUUCUUUCUCCCUUUGCUCUACUUUUGGAGAAUGAACUUAACAUCCCGGCUUCUUUUGUUAAGCCAUAGUUGACCUUAAUCUGUGGUUAGUUUAUUAAAAUAAUUAAAAAUACUUUAUAAGAAGAGAUAUUUUUGAUAUUAGGACUGAUGUUGAAACAUAUAGGGGCAAUUUAUAAAAAGGUAGUUAGAGAAAUAUAUUUUAGUGAACUAUAACCACAGAGCACAGAUGACUCCCAAUGAGCUGAUCUGUCUUUAGAUUUCUCCCUUUCCCUGACCCUUCCCUGCUCUCUAGGGGCUGGGAGUGGGGAUGUGGACACAGCAGGGGGAGAUCCUUCGCAUUUUGCACAAAGCACAAGUCUGAACAGCCUAUGCUCUGGCCAGAGGCAUUUCCAAGAGCUUUAAACCGGAAGACCUAUCCUGGGCCAAUUUUCCUUUUUCUUUAUAUUUUUUUCCGGGAAAAAAAGUCAACUAUGCAAUUGUAUACACUCCCGGGUGCAUGUGAAGAAGGGGAAUAAGUGUACUUAUGUGUCCAGAGUAUUACCUGGGGCUGUUUUUCUGUGUUUGGAUUUCUCUUUUGAGGUAUGUACUCAUAACCCAUCCCUUGGAACGUAAUUCCCACAUUUGAUCUAAAGCAUUUGUGCGUGCAUAUGUGUGUGUGUGUUUUCCUCCUCGGUAGCCAGUCAAGAUUGUCCUUGUUGGAAAUGCUCACGGUUUAGAAAGGUUAUUUUCUCCUCAACAAACUCAGAAGUCACCUAUUUUCCAAAUCUGAUUUAAUAAUUUCCUAUGGCUAUUAGGGUUUUCUUUGAAAAUAGAUUUGUUUUAAGGAAACAGUGAGAUUCCAAAGGAAGGGAUGUGUGUAUGUCUAGGCAGGUCUGGAACCAGGUAUGAGAUGAGCACUCCCCUAAGGUGCAAAAUUUAAGGGUUACUAUAAAACUCAUUCAUCAAGAUACUUUAAAAAAUGCAGUAUUUAAAAAAAUUAAUGCAAAAAAUUUAUGUUAAAUAAAAUAGCGAAAUCUUACAGGAUCUGACAGGACUGAGAUUAGGAGGAGGGAAGUGAGGCUGAAUCGAAUAAGUAUGGGGAUGAAUCCUUCUUAUUUAAAUUUUUGAUACAUUGUCCAUCAUAGAGUUUUUACAUUAAUUGUGAUUUAAAAAAAAUGUUGCAUUAAAAUAGUAUUUAUCUUGGUUACUGGGUUUUUUGGCACUCCUUAAAUUUUGUGCCCAAGGUGAGUGCUUUGCUCACCUCAACCUAGUUAUGUCCGUUUCUGUGAUUUGAACAACACUAGUGAGAACACCACUGUUUGCGCCUCCACCCCCAUCACACACCAAACAACAGGUGGCUCAGACACCCUGAAUUUGCACAGCUCACCUAGCUUUCCUAAUUUAGGCCUUCAUAUCAUAGAAUGCUGGCCUGGACCAAUAGGAAUGAAAACAGACCAGGGGUUUUCCCAGAGAAUAAAGCCGGAAAAGUUUUGAUUCUCCACUGGACUGCUGUGUUUGGAUUUGAUCUGUUGUUAGAUUCUAGUUAACACUUUUGUUUUUAAAAACUGAGGACAAAUGAACAAAAAACCUUGUAUCAUGUUUGUUUUUAUUUAUAAGUUAGCCAAUCCCAAUUCCUUUUGCCUUAUUUUCAAAUAAAAAAAGAUGGAAAUUUUGAGGGGUGGUCUAGGGGUGAAUAUGGUAAAAUGGGGCUUCAGGCCUUAUAGCUUUUUAUUAAGAAAUAAAUUAUUUUUUUUUUAUUUGGGAGGGUAACUAUUUAUUGAGGCAUUGAAAAACCUCUCCGUUCUAAGGAUGAGAGAGCCUGAGACAAUGGAUAUUUUUUAUAGGAGAUAGUGAAGUUUGUUUUGCUUUAUUCUUUCUGGGAGGGUCUUGGUGGGAUGGGGGGAGGUGAAGGAAUAAUGCCUGGGAUAUUAAUAUAGAUUCAGCUUGGUUUGUGGUAUUUUGGGAAGAUGAGGGAAUAGAAGAGGCAAGCCCAUGUCGUUACUGGGUUGGGGAGAAGGAAGGAAGGGGCAUAUGGCCUGCACUCGAAAUGGGCAGAAAAAUUCCUUAGUUAAGGAGGGGUAUGUGAGUAAAGGGGGAAGGUAGACCCUUUAGCCCCAAGUGAGGGAUGAUAUCAUCUCUCAAGCUUAAAUUUAAGUGCACUUAGUUCCUUUAAUCCAGGGCAACUGGGGUACCUACUGAAGUUUUUAAUGGAGAGGGGAGAUUUUCAGGGUUCUUGUUUUUCCCUUUUUGAUGUUAGACAGUGCUACUCCCUCCCUGCUAUGCUGUCUGCCCCAUCUCCAAUGGAGUAUUACUGGAGGAUAGGCCUCCACUUCUCCCUUAACCUAUGCUGCAUUUAUUGAAAGUUACAAGAUUUAACCAGAAGUUUUUCCUCCAUACUGGUUUUUAUCAACAAAAUAAAAAGAUUAUAUCCAAAGAUUUUUUAAAGAUUCAGUCUUUUUAAGGAGUGGGGAUGGUGUUAAACUCAGUGCUGUAGAGGGCAGUGGAAGGGAAGUAUCUUCCCUCUAUUAGCUCAGUUUUUUUUUUUUUUUCUAUCAAGCAAAACUAAGGCCCACAGACAAACAAGAAUUAGCAGUGACUUCGUGUUGUAUAUCUGCGGGAUGAUACUGAGCCCAAAAGAAUGAAGCUGGUUUUGAAUGUGUUCUGAGAACCUAGCUUUUGCCAUUCUUACUCCUUUUAGCCACGUGUCCAAGGUUCCAGUCACAUUUUUUUUUUCUCAAUAAAGAGUAUUUCAGAGACGAUUGUCUCUGAAUUACUCAGACACCUCUGGACUCUGAGUCUUCUUUUUUCUUUUUUUUUUUUUUUUUUUUUUUUUUUUUUUUUUGAGACGGAAUCUCGCUCAGCCGCCCAGGCUGGAGUGCAAUGGUGCGAUCUCAGCUCACUCCAGCCACCGUCUCCUGGGUUCAAGCGAUUCUCCCGUCUCAGCCUCCCAAGUGGCUGGGAUUACAGGCACCCAUAAUCAUGCCUGGCUAAUUUUUGUAUUUUAGUAGAGAUGGGGUUUCACCAUGUUGGCCAGGCUGAUCUUGAACUCCUGACCUCAGGUGAUCUGCCAGCCUCGGCCUCCCAAAGUGCUGGGAUUACAGGCAUGAGCCACCGCGCCUGGCCUCUGUGUCUUCCUUCUCCAAUGAGUCAGUACCCCAGACAUACAGCCACAGGUGAGAAGACAGAAUUAGAAGCCCCUUCCCGGCCUGGAAUCACCUGCACUGCAGAUUUUUCUAAUUUCCUUCUUUCCCUCCAGGCCUUUCAACUAUAGAUUUGGAUGAGUCAUGCAGGCAUUCUGUCUCUUCUACUUUGCAGACAGCCAGUCUGCAAAUCACAGGGUGUUUUGCCCCCAUACAUCUGUUGGGUAACAAAAUAUUACGAUGUCCCCAUGUAGACUUACUCCGUGCCAUCUCCUGCAUUGGCCAAGUGGGUAAGGGGCAGUAGAAAAGAGCAACGGAAGCUGGCUGGCAGCAGUUAAGAGGAGUGGGGGUGGGAAGGACCCUGGCCUCUUUCUGUGCUUAUAACUGGAUCUGUGACUCAUCUUGUGAGUCACUCAGCUCCACCUCCCUCCUCCGGCUGCCCCUCCCAACAGCCUUUACUCCUGGCACAAACCUGCAGCCAGACCAGGAUUCUGAAAAUGGAAAAAUCUGAUAUAGCCCCUUGCCUCUCCACCCUUCCCUUCAUCUAGUACUUCUACUGGGGAUGUGUGGGGUGGUGAGAGGCAGCCUUAACCCUCAGCUCCUGCCCACUCCAUUCCUGGUUAUUGAUCCAAAUCGCCCAAUUCUUUUCUCCUCCUGAUUUCCCCCCACCCCCUGCUUUUAUUUUUAUUUUUGAUUUUUUUUGAGACGGAGUUUCGCUCUUGUCGCCCAGGAUGGAGUGCAAUGGCGCCAUCCCGGCUCACUGCAACCUUCGUCUCCUGGGUUCAAGCGAUUCUCCUGCCUCAGGCUCCUGAGUAGCUGAGAUUACAGGCGCCCACCACCAUGCCUGGCUAAUUUUUUUUUUUUAGUAGAGUCGGGGGUUUCACCAUGUUGGCCAGGCUGGUCUCAACUUCCUUACCUCAGGUGAUCCGCCCACCUCAGCCUUCCAAAGUGCUGGGAUUACAGGCAUGAGCCACCACACCCCUACCCCCUGAUUUUUUUUCUCUGUGUUCCUCCACUGUCUCCACACCUCAAAGUGCUAAAGAAUAGAAUGAGGCUCUUGAAUGAAGGAUGGUGGUGAGAAGGAAAGUGGAUAAUGGGAUUUAAAAGUAAUGGUACACACCUCUUCCUAUGCUUUUUUUCUUUUUCUAUAGAGUCUUGCUAUGUUGCCCAGGCUGGAGUGUAGUCAUUAGAUCUUGGCUCACUGCAACCUCUGCUUCCUGGGUUCAAGCGAUUCUCCUGCCUCAGCUUCCCAAGUAGCUGGGAUUAUAGGCGUGAGCCACCACACCUGGCUAAUUUUUGUAUUUUCAGUAGAGAUGGGGCUUCAUCAUGUUGGCCAGGUGGUCCUGAACUCCUGACCUCAAGUGAUCUGCCUGCCUUGGCCUUCCAAAAUGCUUGGGAUUACAGGCGUGAGCCACUGCGCCUGGCCCCUAUUUUCUUUUUACAACAGACCUUGGGAAUAUUUUCUUCCCCCAAGAGGUUGAGGCCCAUGGAAUGCAUUAGGGGGAGGUGGGGUGGUGGUGCUCUGUAGCCUUUAGGACUUCUAGAAUCAGGCUUCUGGGCCACCUUCCUAGCAGGUGUGUACCUCUUUGUUCCAGACUGACUUCCGUCUCACAAUAUCUUCACUAUUUCCACAGUUGCAGCCAAGACAGGAAACUGAAAGCUGAGGCCAGAAGGGUGGUAUACUGGGGGGAGGGGAAAAUUGAGUGUCACUUUGGAAAACUGGGGCCCCCACCUAAGGAUUGCUGCCUCUGUAGAUUCAAAAGCAAUAAAACAGCAGCUCAUUAACUCUUAUUUUGUAUUUUAUUUUCUGUCAUUUUCAUGUCUAAAUAAAGAUUUUUGCUUUGCUGUC